AUGGAAGCCAACACGACCUCUGCGGCCUCCUUCUCUUCCGGGUCCUAUCACGCAUCAUGCGCCUCCGAUGCAGAUGAGUCGGCCUAUCUUCGACGGGCUGGAAUGCUUCAGCGAGUUCGACUCGGAAUUUCUUUCAUUAUAUUCAGUGCAGCGAUUGCUAUUAUUGCCUGCGAAGCGCAGCCCUUGAACCAUUACCGCAGUACAUCCUCUACAGCGGAUCUCCGGCUUUAUUUGUGGCCUUUGAACCUUGAUAAACGUCCCACCACUGCUUUGCUAUCCUGCGGCUGCGUGAUUGCAUUUCAGACUUUGGUGUAUAUCUUGGCCUCAUUUCUGCCUUCGCCCCGGUCAUAUAUUAGAACUCUCAACCUUCUCGCUUCAGCACUUGCGUUCUCUGGUUUUGUCACUUCCGUGACAGGCUUCGUCUUUGCAAUCUACCUACCGUCCUCCUCCUACCCUACCGGCUUCACCUACAAUGAAACGAUCCACACAUGGACUUGCAAGUGGAAAUCUCUCGAUGAAUCCAGCCUGAACGGAACCUCUCUCACAGCGCCGGCCCACUUCUCGCGUGACUGCAUGGAAACCAGCGCCGGGUUCGUUCUUUUGGGUCUCCUCAUCGGCCUCGAGGUCAUUAUGGGUCUUGCAGCCGGAACGGGUCUCUGGUUCGAGUAUAAAGUGAUGAAACAGCGGAAAGCAGAGAAUCUCGAACUGGAAAAGGUUCAUAUCUCUACUCUGAAGAACUAG